GCAGAAAUAAAUCCCUCCGCGCCUGCGCAGUGCUCUCCCGGCGCCGAUAGGGAGAGAACAACGCGCAUGCGCGGAUAGGACUAUGGCGGCCGUGAGGCGAAGCUUUGUGAUGUCUGUGGCAUCCCUUGCACUCCAUGAUUCUUGAGCCAUUUCCAUCUUGGUUUGGUAUGAGGCCCUCUUCGCUGCAGCCGACUCAGACUGAAGCACAGGAGCCCCAUCCGCAGUUGCGCCUGCUUGCUUUCAGCCAUUCUGCAGAACUGCAUCCUUGGCUUAGAUGAAUGAAGUUGUAAACAACCGUGGUUAAACAUAAGGGAGAUAAGAAGGCUCUGAAUCCAAAGGGACCAAAAGGUGGUGCCGCCUUCAUGCAUAAGGGAAACAAGCCUCCGCAGAUGGGAGGCCCCCUUCCUGCUCAGCAUCAAGGAAACAUGCCUCCAUGGAUGAGAGAGAGAUUCCCAGAUGCGAUGUGGGGUCCUGAAGGGAACAUGUCUCCAUGGAAGAGCGGGCCAGGCUAUGAUGGGAGGUGUGAACUUGGAGAACCUAUGCCUCCAUGGAGGAGGGGCCCUUUCCCAGGGGAGAGAUGUGGAGGGUCCAUGCCUCCAGAGAUGAGAGGCCCUUUCCUGGGGCAGAGAUGUGGAGGGUCCAUGCCUCCAGAGAUGAGAGGCCCAUUCCCAGGUGAAAUGGGUGAGCGUAGGGGGCCUGUGCCUCCACAGAUGAGGGGCCCAUUCCCAGAAGAGAUGGGUGAGCGUAAGGGGCCUGUGCCUCCACAGAUGAGGGGCCCAUUCCCAGAAGAGAUGGGUGAGCGUAGGGGGCCUGUGCCUCCACAGAUGAGGGGCCCAUUCCCAGAAGAGAUGGGUGAGCGUAGGGGGCCUGUGCCUCCACAGAUGAGGGGCCCAUUCCCAGAAGAGAUGGGUGAGCGUAGGGGGCCUGUGCCUCCACAGAUGAGGGGCCCAUUCCCAGGUGAGAUGAGUGAGCGUAGAGGGUGUGUGCCUCAACCAAUGCAGGACCCAUUCCCAGGUGAGAUGGGUGAGCAUAGAGGGAACAUGGCUCCACGGAUGAGGGGCCCUUGCUCAGAUGCCAUGUUUGAACAGAGAGGAAAUGUUCCUCCACAGAUUAGGGGCCCAUUCCCAGGUGAGAUGUGUGAACCCAACAGGAUUGUGCCUUCACAAAUGAAUAGACCAAAUUCAUCUGAUCCAUGGCCUCGUGGGCCUUUGCCAGGAGAAGAUGAUAUUAGAAGACCAGCUCUGUCCCCUGCAAUAAAGCAGAAGGACGUGGGAAAUAGUGCCCCUGUCCAUUUGGAAAAGGAUUCUUUUCAAUCUGGAAACCACAGUUAUAACCAGCUUGCUUCAGCAAAGGUUGGAGAGCCAACCACAAAGGUUCAGGAACGUUACAUACAAGAAGGCGCUGAAAGAAUCUUGGAGAGUUUUGGUUUAUCUCAUGAAGACUUGGAGGAACUUAGUUCCUAUCCAGAGAAUCAGUUGAAGCCUGAGAACAUGCCUGAAAUUUUGAGAACCAUCCGAAUGCGCAAAAUGGCUCAACAGAUACCAUCCCGGGACACUUUGGGGGGAGAUGGUUUGUACAGUCCUUUGACUGGGCCUAUGGGGACAGCGCAACCCUCCACCCCUUUCAUGGGACCAUCAGUCUCCCAGCCCACAAAGCUUCCCACUUCUUCAGAGUCCUGGAAGAUGAACAAAUGUCCUACUCCAUCCAUGAUGAAUGAUUACUACGGCGCAUUCCCACGGGUGUUUCCGCAUACUUGUAUUUUGUGCAAAAUAGAAUGUAUACAUUCAACGGGCUGGCUUCUGCACCUGAACACUGCUACGCAUUCAGAGAGCUGCCAUCAACUGCGCCAACAAUACCCAGACUGGAACCCAGAAGAUGCCUCUUUCAGAAAGAGAUAUGAGAGUGACAGAAAUGCAAACCAAGCUCCAAGACAACCAUCUGUCAGUUCCAGCCCAGAGCGUUCAAGGUCCAGCCAUUCCAGGUUUCAAUCUCGGUCACGGUCAAGGAGCCCUGGGCAUGGUAGAGCAAGCAGGCAAAGAAGCCGAAGUCCGAUUAGUCCCAGAAUGUCGCCUACAGACUCAAGGACUUCAAGACAGUCUGCAGCACAGUACGUUGCGGUGGAACAGCCUCAUACCCAGUCAGAACACCAUGGAAAACUCUCUAAAGAGGAGCAACCCAAGGUUGAGGCAGCAAGCCAAGAGCAGUCGAAAACUGACCCUCAGCCUUCGGUGCUGAGUUCUCUUGUGGAGAAAAGUGUCUCCCAGGCCAUGUCGCUGCUCCAGCCGGGAGGAACAGGGAGUGGCAGCCUCAUCCAGGGAGUGGGCUUGCCUACACUUCCACCUGUGCAGUUUGACCCAACUUCAGUAUCUCUGGGCCUCGUCUCCAUGAUGCAGAUGGUUGCAACGCAGGUAGUGCAAGCUGUCUUAGCUGCCAAGGAGGGCUCGAGUGGGCAGGCUGUGGCCAGUGCGGCCCCAAGCUCAGCUGUGGGCAGUGUGACACCCCAGCCAAGUAGUUCUGCGAGUUGCAAUGUUGAGAAGCAAGGGAAUAAGCAAGAAGUGGUGCCGAGAACCGUUUCUCCUCAUGCAGGUGUGAGCAAACAGGGCAAGCCCAAGCAGGUCCUUAUCUGUGGCCACAACAUCAUUGUUCAGGCAAGACAGCGGGCUGAAAGCUCCAGCCAUUGGCUCACAGCUUGGCCUUGGUUCCAUGGCCAUGAUCAAAUGGCUUGGCCGGUCUAACAUGUCCUGUGACCAGCUGCUGCCCACCCUCACCCCACACCUGGAAUCUGAGCCACCACCUGACAUUGUGGUGGUCCACCUGGGUGAGGACGAUCUGGUCAAGCAAACAAGCAUCUUGAUUAGCUUAAAGAUAAGACAGGAUCUGGCCCAGAUCAGAGAGAAAGUGCCUGGGAUUGGCAUUAUUUGGUCUUUCAUGUUAGAAAGGAGGGCAUGGCCAAGCAAGGAGGAAAAGAAGCGUUUCUACCAUGUCCAUAUCAAGGUAAACACAGAGGUGCAUAAAGCUGUGGAAGCAGCCGGAGGAGCUUCCGUCCUGCAUUCUAACAUCAUGUCCUCAUCCCUGCACCUAUUCCAGGAGGAUGGUGUGCACCUUUCAGAUGCUGGGUAUGACAUUUUCCUGAAGAACCUGCAGCAAGGACUGAUUGAGUUUAUUCGUGGCAAGUGUGGGUAAAGGUCCUUCCAGGAGGCUCUUGCCUUCUUGUGACAGCUAUGCUCAGGUUCACGCUGAUAAGAUGGAGGAAGGAGAGCAUCCUGAGCAAAGACUGGCAUCUCAGAGCUGUUUGGCUUGGGAGCAAGGGAAAAGGCCUCGUGGGCAGGUGGCAUGCCUGCCCUCACCUUCUGAAGGCUUGCCAGGCCUCCUUCGUCAAGAAUGUCCUCUGGACUACAAUCCUGCUUGAAGUCUGAUGGCUCUGGGAGCCAGGGUUGGGUCAUACAGAGGAUUCUCUGCCACUGUUGCCUCACCCCAGUAAAUUAGAUGCUUGUAUCAGUGGUACAUGUGUCAGGGCAUUCAUUCCGUAAAGAGGUAGAUAGCUAAAGAUGCUAAUUGUUAAUAAAAUAGUGGCCCUUGUUGAACCUAAGAACUUGUGUUUUAUCUCUUCUUUCCAGGAUCUGGGAGCAAUCCUGCAGCCUCUGCUUAAUGUUGGGAAAAGUGCAGAAAUUGUAUAGCAUGAUAGUUGGGCCACUCAGAGGGUUUUGUGACAGUGCCAGCAACAAUCACUGGCAACUUGAGGCUGGCAUUGAAGUCUCAGAGCUCGGGGAUUGGGGCUGCUGAGGAUUGCUGUGGGCCACUUUCUUCAUUUAUCCACAAUGCACCCAGAGUUCUCAGAGCAUUGUUUGGGGAGGAAGAGUUGUUGGCCAGAAGGCCAGCAAGUGGAGAGACUAGCGUCUGUUGCCAGGCAUCAGAAAAUAAAGCACCAGGGCUGCAGAGGGGUCACCCCCAGGAUAAUGCGUUACCAGUUUUCUAUUCUGAAGGAGGCAUAAACAGAAGAGGGGGAGCCAGGACAUGAAAAAGAGGGGUGCAUUAGAAAGCAGGUGCUGUAUCGAGGGUCCUCUCAUUCUGAUGUUCUCAUACUGCCUAACCUUGGAUUAGGAAAGAUUCUGUGAUGAGUGCCUUGAGGGAUUACCUGGCAGAUGGAAGGGUUUCCCCUAAACCAGGGGUGGCCAAAAUGCAGCCUGAAGACUACAUGUGGGACCUCUACGGGGAUCAGUCAUUUGCUCUAAAAUGGACCCCCUGGUUUGUGGAGGACGAUUCCACCAUGUUUGGAGGGGGCCCUCUGGGUCAUAAAAGCAUU